UGCACUCUAAUAAAGGUCAAGGGCCAUCUCCCUCAUUUCGCAUCGCCUGCGAGUCUUCGUUGGCAAGUUCUUGAGAGGGCCGAGGCGGAGCGACGGCGGGUGGCGGAAGAGGUACGAGUUAGAAAAAAGGAGAGUCCCACCUACUUUUUGCCGUCUCCCCACCUCACUGGUAUCAAUCCUCCCACUCCCCACCAAGUGACACAGAGCAGACGCAGCAGCAAAUGGCGGCCAUCUCCUCUGCUCCUUCCCCACCUUGCUCCGAUGCCCUCCGCCUCUCCUCCUCCUCCUCCCCUUCUGCCUCACGGGUCCCCGCCUGCUGCCCAUGACCCUUCCUGCGAAGAUCCCUUCUGCUCGCCGCAUUUCCUGCCAUGCCUCGUCUUCUGCCCCAUCCCCCGUCCAUCAAACAGGAAAAGAAGGCCUACAUGAUUUCUUGCACAUCAGUGAUUUUGAUAAAUUAACAAUAAUGAAGAUUCUGGACCGUGCUGCUGAAGUAAAGGCCUUACUGAAAUCAGGAGACAGGUCAUUCCUCCCAUUUAAGGGGAAGACAAUGGCUAUGAUAUUUACCAAGCCAUCCAUGAGAACUCGUGUUUCAUUUGAAACAGGGUUUUUCUUAUUAGGCGGUCACGCAGUAUAUUUAGGACCAGAUGAUAUCCAAAUGGGUAAGAGGGAGGAAACUCGUGAUAUUGCUCGGGUUCUCUCUGGUUAUAAUGACAUUAUUAUGGCACGUGUUUUUGCUCAUCAGGACAUCAUUGACUUGGCAAAACAUGCUUCUGUACCGGUCAUUAAUGGACUUACUGACUAUAACCAUCCAUGCCAAAUCAUGGCUGAUGCACUCACCAUCAUUGAACAUGUAGGUCAACUGGAGGGAACGAAGGUUGUAUAUGUUGGUGAUGGUAAUAAUAUUGUUCACUCGUGGCUUCUGCUUGCAUCCGUGAUACCGUUCCAUUUUGUAUGUGCCUGUCCUCAAGGAUUUGAACCUGAUGAACAAACGGUACAGAAAGCAAAGAGUGCCGGUAUCAGUAAGAUUGAAAUUACUAAUGAUCCAAAGGAGGCUGUCAUUGGGGCUGACGUUGUCUAUUCAGACGUCUGGGCAAGCAUGGGACAAAAGGAUGAGGCUGCAUACCGCAAGCAACAGUUCCAAGGUUUUCAGGUGGACGAAGCACUGAUGAAAUUGGCAGGACCUAAGGCAUACUUCAUGCAUUGUCUACCAGCUGAACGGGGCACUGAAGUCACAGAUGCCGUGAUUGAAUCAUCCCGCUCUAUUGUCUUUCCUCAAGCUGAGAAUCGCUUGCAUGCACAGAAUGCUGUAAUGCUGCACGCUUUGGGAUUAUGAAGGUUGCAACCUCAAAUAUGUUCCCAAUUUUGUAUUGCUGAUAAAUGUGUAGCAUUGACAAUUUUCUACGCUCACUGAUAAGCGGACAAAAACAUGGAGAAUUUUUACAUGCUUUUUUCCUUGGGAUAUAAUGCAUAAAAAAUAACAUUAGAUUU